CCCCCAGUCCUUGCAUUGGCUUCAAAUUUCGAAACAAAACGGCAAAGAGAUCAAUCAGCAGCAUGACCCGCGGGCGGGAGCAGCAGCGGGCGGCAGAGCGGCGAGUGCUUCAGCUUCUCCACGGCCGCGCCACCCGCACCCACAUCCGGGAGAUCCACGCCCACCUCCUCCGCCACCAUCUCCACUUCUCCAACCUCCUCCUCGCCCACCUCGUCUCCGUCUGCGCCGCCCUCCGCCGCGUCCCCUACGCCCGCCGCCUCUUUCUCUCCCACCCAUCCCCCUCCCUCCCCCUCUUCAAUGCCACCCUCAAGGCCCUUUCCCUAUCCCCCGCCGCCGCCCCCGACGCCCUCCGCCUCUUCUCCCUCCUCCGCUGCCGCUCCCUCUUCCCCGACCGCCUCUCCUUCGCCCCCCUCCUCAAAGCCGCCUCCUUUCUCCCCCCUGCCCUCGGCCGCUCCGUCCACGCCCUCACCCUCGUCUCCGGAUUCGCCGCCCACCCUCCCGUCGCCGUCGGAAUCCUCGAAAUCUACACCAGUUCGGGCGAAAUGGACUCCGCUCAUCGAGCGUUCGACGAUAUGUUCCAAAAAGAUGUCGUUGCUUAUAACCUGAUGAUAAAUGGAUACUGUAAAAGAGGCGACUUUGAGAGUGGAUUCCGCCUCUUUCGCCAGAUGGGUGAUCGGAGCAUUGUCACAUGGAAUUCAAUGAUCGCCGGCUUGGCAUGCUGCGGCCGGGAUGGCGAAGCUCUAGAGCUUUUUCGGGAGAUGUGGGACUAUUCCGGGUUUGAGCCUGAUGAUGCCACAUUGGCUACAAUUCUGCCGGUUUGUGGUCGGCUGGGGGCUUUGGAUGUUGGUAGAUGGAUUCAUUAUCAUGCCGAUGGGAAAGGAUUAUUGAAGAGUGCCGUCAAUGUUGCGAAUUCGAUCAUCGAUAUGUAUUGCAAAUGCGGGGAUUUGGCAGCUGCCCAAUUGGUUUUUGAUGAAAUGCCAAAGAAGAGUGUGGUCUCUUGGAAUGCUAUGAUCACGGGGUCGGCUUUCAAUGGGCAUGGUCAAGUAGGGAUUAAUUUGUUCGAGGAGAUGAAGAGAAGUGGAGUUGAGCCCAAUGCCGGGACCUUUGUCGGGAUUCUCGGGUGCUGCGCACAUGCUGGAUUGGUCAAGGGGGGUCGCAAAUUGUUUGCUUCAAUGGUUGAGGAUUAUCGCAUUGAGCCGAAGCUUGAGCAUUAUGGGUGUAUGGUUGAUCUCUUGGGGAGGUGUGGGUUUGUCGAAGAGGCUCAUGAGUUGGUCAGGAGUAUGCCGAUGAGGCCGAAUGCUGCCAUUUGGGGAGCGCUGCUCAGUGCAUGCCGGAAUUAUGGUGAGCUUGGCAUUGCAGAGAUGGCCAUGAGGGAGCUCAUUGAGCUCGAGCCUAGAAAUUCUGGGAAUUAUGUGUUACUAGCCAAUCUUUAUGCAGAGGCUGGCCUGUGGGAAGAGGCAGAGAAUGUGCGGUGGUUGAUGAAGGGGAAGAGCGUGCCAAAGGUGCCCGGGCAGAGCCUUAUAGGACAUGAAGAUAGGGUUGAAGGAAAUUGAGGUGAUUUCGGGUAGGUCAUCAAUGGACUUUGUUGGAACUCAAGAGGUGGAGCCCUCUAGAUUGUUACCUCCUAUUCGCUUUGACCUCUAUCAAUGGCUGAAGGGGUAUAUCAUGGAACACUCUUUCAGGAGAGCUUGGAAGAAAGGGUUUAACAUGAAGGCUUCCCUUCAUAGGAAUGAAGGGGUUUGAGAGGCCCACACCAUAUUGUUGGCGGCACACUUUGCAUAAGAUUGCAGAAGCCAAUACCUGUUGUGGGAGAUCUUUACUGAUUUGAUUCUUUAUGACAACAUCAUUGUGGAAUUUGAACAUCACUAUUUUUGGGGGGUCUCCGCAUAGCGAUAAAAGCUUCAGAGGAGCUGCACUGUUCAACUAAAAUUUUCGGUGCCUUCAUGCCUGCUUCAGGAACAGCAGACUCGGUCAUAUGAGCAUUUGGCUACAUAAUCUGCAUAUGGAUUCGACGCUUUAUGAUUGCUGAUUAACAUCAGAGAAUUAAUCAAAGAAAACAUAUCCAGUGUAAGAUCGCAUUUAUAUACGAGGAAAUCAAGGAUGGUAGAUCA